GCACAGGCUUUUUCACAACAAUAACACCAACAAAAUUUGCAUCUCCGCGUACCCGAUUUGAGGAUUAUACUUUCCGAACGCUAUCGGAAACCGUGCAUUGGACCGCGCCACGCCGAACGUCCUUCUGUAUUUUUGGUUACGUCUUCUGUUGACAAUGGGAGCGGAGGGGUUUGCAAAUUUACAGGGCUCCUUAUUGCCGGAGCAGAAACAAGAAUCAUGGCUGGCCAGCUAGGCCGCAGAUGGAUUUUGUAGCCAGCAGCAACAGUCUAUUAAUAUAAAAUACUGUGUGUAGGCUUGGCACUACCAUAGAAAAAGUGGUGCUAAGCAUCCGGCGUUUUAAUCACACUAUUAUCGUUGAUUUUUGUGUCUUUUCUUUGGGCCAACAGCACCUAGCUAGUGAGCCCGCUAGCUUCACAACCUUGACUGGUUGACGUCUUGCCUUCGUAGUUAGCUCCUUUAGCCAGCUAACGAUAGCUAGCAUCGCUUGGCCAGCCAUCCGCUGGUCAAAAACAUUAGGAAAAAGACAUUUAUUGUGGGAUUUACUCUCAUCGUUGUGUGCCCGUUUGGCACUUGUGUUGCAAAUUCAAUUUUGUAACGUCUGCUUCUGGAUGAAUGUGGGACAAAAUGGAGACCCCGACGAUUGUGUACGAUUUGGAUACCUCUGGGGGCUUAAUGGAGCAAAUCCAAACACUGCUGGCGCCCCCGAAGUCCGAGGAGGUAGAGAAGAGGAAUCGGAAGUUGGUGAGAGACGUCCGAAGGAGCGGCAGGGCCACCAACCACGACACCUGCGAUAGUUGCCGGGAGGGGGGAGACCUGCUGUGUUGUGACCACUGUCCGGCAGCCUUCCACCUCCAGUGCUGUAACCCACCUCUUAGUGAAGAAAUGCUUCCUCCAGGAGAAUGGAUGUGUCAUCGCUGCAAUGUUAGGAAAAAGAAGCGAGAGCAGAAGUCGGAACAGACCAACGGCCUGCCGGAAAGGUCCUCGUCUAAACGCUCCGCAUCCCCGGCCGUGGAGCUGGAGCUCAAUGCUGGCCCUCUGCGGCUCGAUGGCCUUCCUCCUGGCGCCGGAGCAGCGGGACCCGGUUUACGAGUGGCCCAGGUACGCCUCUUGGACCGCAGGACGAGCAGUAGGCCUAGCAGCAGGCCCGGGACACCCACCUCCAACACCUCAUCCACUCCGACCCCCUCUGAGGAGCAGAACGAGGGGGAGGAGGAGGCAGCAGAACCCGAAGACGAAGUUCAGGGCGCAGAGCUCGACGGUGCUACGCUUUCCGCUCCGACACCACGCCUCCUCAAGAGGCCCUUUCAGCUGCUAAUAGCAGCUGCUAUGGAGAGAAACCCCACACAGUUCCAGCUGCCCAGCGAGCUCACCUGCACCACUGCGCUGCCAGGUAGCAGUAAACGGAGGAGAAAAGAGGAGUUACUAGGGAAGCCGUUCAGGAGACCUCAGCAUGAACUGGAUCCUAAUGGUCUCGUCCCUCUACCAGUCAAAGUCUGCUUUUCAUGCAACAGGAGUUGCAGGUUGGCUCCACUGAUCCAGUGUGAUUAUUGUCCCCUCCUGUUCCACAUGGACUGUCUGGACCCUCCACUCACAGCUCUACCUGCUGGCAAAUGGAUGUGUCCAAACCAUGUAGAGCACUUAGUGCUGAACCAGAAGACCCUGAGCCUGUCCAGCCGCUGUCAACUCUUCGACCAGUUCCAGGACAGGAUGUCGCAGCACGCCGUCAAGUUGGACUUCCUACGUAGAGUCCAUCGUCAGAACGCACCUAACCGGCGCACCAACCUCCAGCACAACAAGAAGACCAUUAAGGUGCCAGAUGCCAUCAAGUCCCACUACCAGAACCCUCCCCCCAUGCUGCACCCUGCUGGAGUGCACCAGCUAGAGCUGGUCUGUAGCGGCGUUCCUGACCAUCAGCCCUCAAAGCACCUCACCACAGAGGCUGAGCAGCAGGAGUGGCUUCAGGAUGUCAUCGCCCUCCAGUGCAGCAUCAUGCGACACCUAUCCAUCAAGCAAAAGGCUUCAUCCACACCAUCCGCUCUGUCAUCAGUCACGUCGUCAGCAGAGUCGGAGUCAGAGCAGAAAGCCAGCGCUAAGUCAUGUGUAACAUCAGAGGACAUGAAAACUCAGGCCUCUUUAGGAAGGACUUCUUCCCCCGACCCCUGCUCUAAACCCUGCAGUACACCUGACAACCCCCAGGGGGCGUCUCUUUCAAGGGACACCCCAGCAGAGCUGGGUGUUUGUAAAUGCAGCAUGACGUCAUGUCAGAACUGUAGGAAACCCAACGGACCUCUAGCAGAGGAGCGGCAGCCUCCCAAAGCCAACGGACCAGUAGACUGUCACAGUUCCUCAGACUCCUGCAGGCAGGUGGAGCUGCAGUGCAGAGUGAAGCCCAGUACAACACCCCCAGACUCAGCUCCUGCCUCUGCUCUGGUGAACCACAUAGGUGCAGAAACAGUAAAAAAGGAGCCUGAAAGCACUAAGGAGGCCUGCACUCAGAAAAUCUGCCCCACUGCUCCGACGAUAUGGCCCCACGGCAGCCAGCAAAACCACAGGAACCAGACGGUGCUCCAGGAGGCCCAGUGUAUGACCAGCAACGAAACCCGCUCCUACUCCAUCACCAGCAGUGCCCGCUCAGACACGCCACCUAAAGGCAACCAGGAGCGCGACUCAACCAAGCUGGGAUUAUCAUCACCUACUCCAGACAUAAAGACUGGAGCUGGACUGAUGGACUCGAUGCUGCCCAGCGCUCUGUCCUCCAUCGCCAACCUGUCCGGCUGCAUGAAAGAUGGAAAGGAUGAGGAUGGAGGGAUCGAGCUGGACAAACUGGAUGCUGACAUGAUCAAGCUCUUGGCCUGGCAGAGGAUCCAGCAGCUUUUCCCUCCCAAAGCCCCCAGGGCUCUGCUUCCCCCAGCGACCAGCGACACCCCCAAAACCCCAUCACCCCACCCCGACGGUCAGAAGAAGGUGCAAGCCCGAGCUGUCUUCUACCCUCUGACAGGAAAAGGAGGAGCAGUCAGCAUGUGCUACAGGACAUUAUACAUUGGAUCUGGUGCUGACAUGGACGUGUGCCUUACAAACUACGGUCAUUGCAACUACAUAUCGGGGAAACACGCCUGUAUUUUCUAUGAUGAGAAUACCAAGCAUUACGAGCUGCUCAACUACAGUGAGCACGGCACCACAGUGGACAACGUCCUCUACUCGUGUGACUUCUCCGAGAAGGCCUCGCCGUCUUUACCCAGCGGCCUCGUGGCCAAAGUCCAAGGCAUCAUCCGUCGCAGUAAGAAGCGUGAGGAAGGCGAGGGUCCCAGCUCUGUGAUGGGUCUGUUGCCGGCUGGCGGAGUGAUGAGCAGCCAGCCUCAGGGCGGCUCCGAGCUGUCGUGCACCUGCAAGGCGAGCAGCUCCAGCCUGAUUGGAGGCAGCGGGGCGGGCUGGGAGGGCACGGCCCUGCUCCACCACGGCAGCUACAUCAAACUGGGCUGCCUCCAGUUCGUCUUCAGCAUCACGGAGUUCGCCAGUAAGCAGCCCAAAGAGGAGCAGACUGCCACACCUGCCGCCAGUUGUGCUAACACCACCACCAGCAGCAAUGCAGCCAGCACCACAACCAACACCGCCCCCAACUCCACCUCCGCACCACCACUACCACCGCCACUGCCCAACACUGCCACAGUGAGCAGCCCCUCCAGCCAGGAUGAGGCCGACGCUGAGACUGUCCCUCCCCACCAAGUGCCCGUACUGCACUCCAACUCUGUUCCAUAACCCGCACAGGAAGUCCCGCCCUCCCUCCUUUUGUUUUGCACCUUCCGAGUCACAAUGAAGGGAAAGCUGCACAGCUGGUUGGUCAACAGGGAAAAGUUUAUUUUUUCAUUUUUAAUGGUUUAUAUCUUUGCAUGAACUUGAAGUAUUAUUGACAAUCUCUUCUGUUUUUGACUGACUGACAGGAACCUUCUGUUCACUUCAGACUGUUAGGAGUUUGAGCAACAUUAUUUAGCUUUGCUCAGUUUUUCUUUUUGCCAGUAUAUUAGUUAUGUAUGGUGUAACAUUACUCUGUCAGUCAUCCCAUUUAGCACAGACCCUUUAUUUUGUAGUAUUGAAUUCCAUACAUUCUAAUUUCUUUUGCUGCUUUUGCACCACAGGUAGCUAUAUAUGUAUGAAAACAUACAUGCUUAUACACUAUGAAAUGUAUAUAUAAUGUAAAUAUAUAUAAUUCAGUGCCUCUCAAUUGGAGAAACAUUGGAUUUCAUGUAGAUUUACCAUUUUUUGGUUUUUAACUGUACAGUUCAUGGACUUUGUGAUACUGUGUAGAGUACCAGAAGUUUUGUGAUAAAACUUGUUCCUAGUCUGUAUUUUCCGCUGUAGUCCACCUGUAAAUACCAUAUUGUUUUAGCACUCAUUUUAACAUCUUGUGCUGCUCUGUAUAUAAGCACUCUUUGUCUGUAUCUGCUUGUCUGUUCAAAAACCUGUAAAUACAGAAAGAUUUUCUA